AUGACUUCAAACGGCAAUGCUCCGGCGGCGGGAAAGCUGUGGGGAGGCCGAUUCACCGGCGGCACUGACCCUAUCAUGGUGCAAUACAAUGAAUCCAUCUACUUCGACAGAGUGUUCUAUUCGCAAGACAUUCGAGGAAGCAUAGCAUAUGCCAGAGCGAACAAAAACAGUGGUCUUCUCACCGAACAUGAGUUCUCGGAAAUCGAGCGUGGCUUCAAGCAAGUACUCCAGGAAUGGCAGGAGAAUAAGUUUGAAAUCCACCCCGGCGUGGACGAGGACAUCCACACUGCCAACGAGAGACGGCUGGCCGAGAUCAUUGGCAAGGACGUCGCUGGCAAGCUUCACACUGGACGCAGCCGAAACGACCAAGUUGCGACUGACAUGCGACUAUGGCUCCGCGACCAGCUGGAGAUUCUUGAGCGUCACCUCAUCGCUUUCUUGAAAGUCAUUGCUGCUCGUGCCGAGAAGGAGAUCGAACACGUCAUGCCCGGCUACACUCAUCUUCAGCGAGCUCAGCCGAUCCGGUGGAGUCACUGGAUGCUGCUUUACGGCUCUUUCUUUGCAUCGGAUCUCCAGAGAUUACGAGAAGUGCAGGCUCGCAUCAACAAAUCACCACUGGGCUGUGGUGCUCUCGCAGGCAACCCAUUCAACAUCGAUCGCGAUGCUAUGGCCAAAGAGCUUGGCUUCGAUGGUCUCAUCAUGAACUCAAUGGCAGGUGUUGGUGACCGCGACUUCGUCAUUGAAACAAUGCAAUGGGGCACGAUGCUUAUGACCCAUCUUUCACGAUGGGCCGAGGACCUCAUCAUCUACUCAACAGGCGAAUUUGCCUUUAUCAAGCUCGCAGAUACAUACUCCACGGGAUCAUCUCUUAUGCCUCAGAAGAAAAACCCUGACUCACUCGAACUGAUUCGCGGCAAGUCUGGACGUGCCUUCGGCCACAUGACCGGACUCAUGAUGAGCGUGAAGGGCAUCCCGUCGACAUAUAACAAAGAUUUGCAGGAGUCUGUCGAGCCUCUGCUUGACCACAUCAAGACUGUUGGCGACAGCGUCCAGAUAGCUACUGGUGUGCUCUCGACACUCUCGAUCUACCCAGAGAACAUGCUCAAGUCGCUUUCUCCAGACAUGCUUGCUACAGACCUCGCAGACUAUCUCGUUCGCAAGGGUGUGCCUUUCCGAGAGACACACCACAUCUCUGGCCGUGUUGUGGCUCUUGCUGAAAGCGAGGGCAAGCCCAUGGAUACGCUGACGUUCGAGCAAUUGAAGGGCGUCGACGGCAGGUUCGAGAAGGAUGUGCUGGGCGUUUUUGAUUACCAGAAGAGUGUUGAGAUGCGCUCUGCCAAGGGCGGCACAAGCAAGAGUGCGGUAUUGGAGCAGAUCGAGGCUAUCAAGGUGACGCUCGCUGGUGGACAGUAG